AGAUGGCGGCUGCGUCGCUCCGGUUCAUUGGUUUGUUGAGUUUACUUGAAAAUUGUUUUUCUCUUUAUACAGCAUACAAGGUGAUCUUCGAUAUAGAAUGACGAUUCAAUAUAAUCAUAUGUUAUUUUUAUUAACAAUUCCCCCUAAAAGACAUCGGAGUUAAUUUAACAGGUAAGAUUUGCCCCCUUCGCUGAGCUGAUAUUUUAAAGCCGUGAAUAUCUUUGAGUAUUUGGAUAUUAUCCGUCAUAUUAAGAAAAGACUGCUGUACGUGUUCAAGUUUUUUCAGGUUUAUUUAAAGGGUUGCUCGUCUUUCAACUUCACGUUCCUCUUCCACCUUCCCCUUCAGCUUGCAGGGAAGUUCGUUUCCUUUUCCUUGUUCCCAACCCCUGGGGGAGGGGGUGGGAGUGAGUCAAGUGUUGUAAUGGGAUUGGCAUCAUGUGGAAUGUCACCCAAAUGGAACAGGAGAUCUGGAAGUCACACAGAAAGUUAAAGUUAUAGAUGAUAAUAGUAAUAGUAUUAAUAAUAUUCAAAAUAGGUAAUUGUAGUGUAUUUUAACUCUUAAAAUCCCAGAAGUGAUUGAGAGGCAACUUCUCUCUAUAAUAUCCAUACACUAUCUAGCAAACAGGUAAUGAGAAUACUUAAACUUAUCAUGUAGAAGUUAUUUUUCUUAAUCUAACACCAAAUUCUCCAAACCAAUUUAGUAGGAAAUGUGUUGGAACUAGAGGGGAGAAUUAACAAUCUGAUCUUGGAAGUUAAAGGGUUAAGAUACCAAAUUCAGAUCAUUAGAAAUGAGGUACCCCUAUAUUUUAUGGUUGUGCACACAAGAUAUCUGUACUAGGGGAUUGGGAAGGAACAAUGGGGAACAAAACUUGUUCGGAGGAGAAAUAUUUUUCAAUGGAAAUUGUUUCUUAAAGUAGUUUAACUUGUUUCGUAUAACUUAAGUUGAUAAUCCAUCUCUGUGAUUUUAACCCUUUCACUCCCUGAAGUGAUAAACAUGUAACUUCUCCCUCAACUUACUCAUACACUAUCCAUAAAACAAGUAAUAAGAAUUCUCGAUCUUAAUGGGUAGAAAUUGUUAUCUUGAUCUAGUACCAAAUUCCCCUAAAAAAUUUUCAAGCAAAUGUGUAGCUGCUUGAGAGGAGAAUUAACAAUCAGAUCUUGGGAAGAGUGAGAGAGGAGGAGUAUAAUAUUUUCUAAGUAUGUACCUUACAAUUUUUCUAGAUCUAAUGUUUAAAGGAAUUUAUCAUGGAAAGCAAGCUCAUGCAGGCAAGUCUAAGAGAAUUUUUUUGAUGUCUGUUAAUUAUCGGUGAAUCUGUUAAUAUACAUCAUUUGUUACGACAUUCUUUGUGAGGAGGCUUUUACAGAAAAUUGUAGGAGGUGAUAUGAUAGAUUCAAGAUGCUUGUCUAGUAUUUUGGAGAGAGUUUUUACUCAUGCAUCAACCCCUCAACCCAAAGAAGUGAUUUGCGUUGAUUUUUUUCCCACAAUUUCAAUACAUUUUCAUGCAAACUUGCAACACUAAAUUUUCUCGUUGCAAUUUAAGGAAAUGCGUGGCUCUCAGUUUUGAGAAUUUAAAACUGAUCUUAGGAUUUAGUAAAAAGGAAAGGUCUUAGAUACAGAUUACUGUUAGAUUACCACCCCACUGAUGUCCAUGCUUUUUUUGCAGAUGAUUUUACAGAGGUACUUAGGAGGGCAUCUGAUACUGGUGUGCAAAAGGUAAGAAAUAUGUUACAAAUUAAAUAAAUAUAUCCAAGACAGUGAAACAUUCUGCUCUCAAGGACAUAUAUUCUGAAAUGAAGUCUUGCCAAAAAUAUUUCAAAAAAUCAAAAAAAUAACAUUUUAUUUAAGAAUUAGCUUUGUCUACUUUCUGUUUCAGAUGAUAAUUACAGCAGGAAAUUUAUCUGAGAGUCACAAUGCACUGGAGCUUGCACAAACAAAGGGUAAUAAUCAGAGCUACAAUUCUGCACUUUUGUAACUAUUUUUCCAUUAAUCCUUUACACCCCAGUAUCAGUAACCAAAUUCUCCAAACUCUUUUCUAUGCAUUUUCUUUGGCAAUGACAAGGAGAAUUUGUUUAAUGAUCAAAGCUUCUCAGGUCAGUGAUCAUUUCCCAUAUUCUCAUGAUCUUAAACUAUGAUUCAGCAGUAUUACUGUAAGGAGAAUUUUUUUGUUGAUCACUCUUAGGGUUUGUCCCUCAAACCCCAGAAGUGAAUAACUUUUAAUUUAAUUUUGUAGAAAAGGUUGUGGUUAUUCAUCGUGGUGAAUAACAAUAAAAGCUAAGUUUUUCGUUUGUCUCACGAUGCAGUCACGUGUGAUGUAGAUCGCGACAUUUCAACUGCAUACUGUUGGUCUUCUUCAGGCGAUGAGGUUGACUGGUCAUGUGUGAUCUUAUAAAGCAUGAUGCUCUGCUGUGAUUAGUUGUUUUUCAACAGCUCUGAUUGGUGCAUUUUGCAAUGUAUUAUGUUAUUAACAGUUUAUGACAACAAGACCUUGAGAGUUAAAGAGUUAAAAGGUUAAGCCUCCUUAGAUGAACACAAAACAGGAAUGGGUUUUUGUGGAUAAGGAAGAUUUUUAUUAAAUCUAGGUUUCAUACAUUGAACAGUUAUUUUCAUUUGAUUUCUUGCCAUUUUCUGUAGAAUUUUUCCACUCUACAGUUGGGUGUCACCCAACUCGAUGCAGUGAAUUUGAUCAGGAUGGCCAAGACCCUACUGACUACCUGCAGCAGUUGAUUGCAGUAGCACAGGAAAAUAAAGGAAAAGUUGUUGCUGUUGGGGAAUGUGGCCUGGGCAAGUAUAUUUCUUGUUACGUGUAGCUAAAAACUCUGUUAUAUGUUCAGUUCAACGUAAAUGCGGGGAGUUGUGCUGAGAGAGGUUUGGAAAUAGAAGUUGUUAGUGGUCACCCUUAGAGACCAACAUAUAGGCAGAACAUCACCUGAUGAGAAACUGAUAGGUUUAAAGACAGUCAAAGUCAAACAGACAGACAGAUGAAGGGCUAACCCUUAAAAUGUCUUCUUUAGAACCCUUUAUGGUUAUGAACUUAAGUUAUAAAACCAAAUUAGCUUCCGAUAGUGACGGAAAGACGAGCAGACAUUCAAAGACAGAAGCAGUUGGGCAAAUUGGCAGUGAGACAUUUUGAAAAAUGAAUACAAACUGACCAAAGUAGACACACGAUCCAAGAGACAAACAGAUGGCAGGUGCUGAAGGACAGUCAAAGAUUCAGACAGCCAUAGAAUGGUUCACACAACUCAGCUUAAGGGGUGAUAAUUGAUCUAAAACUUCUGUAGGAAGAUUCCCUUAAGCAGAAGUGUCUUAAUGGAAGCUAACCAGUUUCAGAAAGAUGUAAAAAGUGAGUUUGUUUGGGAGUUCAAAAUAGGGAUUUCUUCAAGGCCAUGGGGUUUAGGACUUUCUGGUUACUUUUAACCUUAAGGUUAACCCUUUAACCCCUGACGAGCAUAUCAUUUCUCCUUACAAUAUCACCCCUUAGUCACACAUAAUGGUCACGAGAAUAAAGGAAAUGAUCACCACCAAAAGAAGCUCUUGAUUGUUAUACAAAUUCUCUUUCUUAGCACCCUAGGAAAUAUAUAGAGAACAGAAAGGAGAAUAUGCAUUUUGAUGGUAGGCUGUAUAGGGUUAAAGCAGUCAACCAAAGAAUGUCAGUAUUUAGGAGAUUCAUAAUGUGCCAGUUCAACUCGUCUUAGAAUGUUGAAAUAACAAAGAGCAACUUUUGUUGAUUUUCCAGAUUAUGACAGGAUCCAUUUUUGUCCAAAAGAAGUUCAGUUAAAGUAAGUAAAGUAAUGAUCUAAGAUUUGGUGUGGAUAUUAGAUAUGAAGGAGUCUGUAAUAUGUCAUUGCAUUUAAAUGCGCUCUUUGGUUGCUUUAGAAAUCUCACACCAUAUUCCCGACCAAUCAAUCAGAUUAAAAGCUUAAGUCAAGUACGACUUGUACACGUGCUAUUUAUUGCGCUUAUGCGGUUUGCUUAAUUUUAGCUUGAGUUCUCAUCGAAUCCUUGUAAUAUUUUACUAUGUUCUGAUUGGCCAUUCGGAUCUGUGCAGUUUCCAAUUGAGUGUCAAAAGUGUCAAAUCAGCUCUGUGAUUGGUCCAGAAAAUUCGGGCAAGAUAAGCAGGAAACCACUCCGCUUCGCGUCGAGGUUUCCUACGCUUAUCUCGUGUUCUCCCAACCUCCCGCGUGUUUACAUCAGGCUAUGUAAACAAGGAAACUAUUUUACAUUUCUUUUAUAAAAUAACUAAUGAAAGAGGAACGAAAACCGUGUUUACAUACGCUCAUGUAAAAUGGUUUUAUGGCCAAUCAGAGCGCGCGGACUAUUUGAAUUAUUUUAUAAACAGCAAUGACUACUUGGUUGGCGCGUUUUCCCGCGCUUUAGGUGGUUCGCUCGUUUUUAUUUUACGUUUCCAUUGGAUAUUCGAUGUAUUUUCUUUUCUCCUUACUUUAGUUUUGGUUUUGCGGCACAAAAUCGAAAAAAACUUUGUUAUGCUGCUGGUCAUGAUACGCUCAUGUUUUGCGGACUGUUUGAAAGCCAGGACAGGUUCCGUUCACGUAAUGACGUAUUGUAAAUUCACCAAGAAACAAGGUUUAAUGUAUGAAAACACCGCUCAUGUUAGAUUUUGGUUAUUCUUUACAGAUAUUUUGAGAAACAGUUUCACUUAGCUGAAGAAACCAAGCUACCUAUGUUUCUACAUUCAAGAAGUGCACAUCAAGAUUUCAUUGGUAGGCAGAUCAGUUUUUGUCUUGUGCGUGUGGAAAGAUCACUUUCUCACAAACAGGAUAAUUUAGUAUUUUUAACUGAGUUGAUAACGUAAAUUGGCCCACCGUAAAGAGUUUAAAAGCUGACGUUUCGAGCAAUUGAGAAGGGCUAACGCUGGAAACGUCAGCUUUGAAACUCUUUACGGCAGCCAAUUCACAAUAUCAACUCAGUUGAUAGUACUUUAUUACCUUGUUAUACUCUCCCACCGACGCAGCACCACAGUUUCUUUAGAAACCUAACCCCUUUAUUCUCUACAAACACUUUGAGCAUGUCGAUAAAUUUCUUUGAGACUCGAAGCUGUAGCCUUCGACCUGUCAAUCUAUAAUGAAGUGUCUCUUUAGCUGCCAUCUUGCUUCUUCCGAGUCAACUACAUUGAAAUGUUGGGAUCAAUGUCCAUCAUUAAAUUUAAAACUUUAAACCAGGAAAAUAUUAACAUAGAACGUAUUAGAAUCUUUUUGACGUAGAAACAAUGAAACGCAAUUUUUAUGUUUUUUUUUCUUUGCAAGAUUUUUCCAAUCUUUUCUGGUGUAAAAUACCUCGAAGAUUUUUGUUUUCCUUCGCCUUUUCCAUUGACUGGGACUGAACGUCUUUCUCAGAUAACGUGCUGGAAGAGUACAAUAAUAUACAGUGGAGUUUUGUCGCUUACAAAAUCAACACGCGUCAACGAAAUCACUGGUAAAACUUUUGAUAAUCAUUUGUUUAACAGUGUUCUACAACAUUUCUUGCAGAAAUCAUCAGACGAAAUAGAGAUAGAUUUGUGGGUGGUGUGGUGAGUCCCAGACAUCAGAUUCUUAAAUCAAUUCUAUCUUUAAAGUACGAGUUGAUUUUGCCAGCAAAACGGGCGUGGAGUUAUUUAAUUAGUUUUCUGAAAAUUUCAAUUCAUAUCUCAAAAAUCUCCGUAAACUCGUUCUCCAGUGGAAGGCGUAGCUGCGUAGUUUUGUCAAUGGUGAUUGCGCUUACAUCACAAAUUCACACGUACGAACGAGGUGACCUGGGGUCUAGAUCGAAAGGUCUGGAUCGAGACGUUAUUGGUUCUUGGUCUGGUCGUUUUACUCUUCGGGACCGGUCAUUAUUUAUCACGGGGGUGGGAGGGAAGGGGCACUGGAGCUGGAUGAUUUUGGUUGCGUCACAAUAUAAUUUACUAGAUCCCCUCUUAAGGCCCUGUAAAAUUCUUGCGAUCCCCCCUCAUUGGAUGUUGAUUUUCUAUAGACCCCCUUUUAUCCUCUAGCGACGACUGAUCCCACACCGUACCCCUGAAAACCAUGUGAUACCCCUCAAAAUCCUCCAUCCACCCCAAGUGAUAAAUAAUUACCACACCCCUCGCCCCCAAGGAGUAUAACUGGGUACAAGUGAAUUGUCAGGGAAGCUUUGUGAAAAAAUAGGAUUGUUGUGGAGGGGGGCGGGGAUGGAAGAGGGGGGAUACCUGCUUUAAAAUAGCGUCCCAUCCCUCGGGAGAAACCGGAUUAAGUACGAGCUUGUCAGUCUCCUAUAUUGAUGCAAACUUCUGUUAACCCCUUAACUCCCAGAAUGAUUAAUUUGUAACUUCUCCCUAUAAUAUCCGUACAUUAUCCAGAAAGCAGGUAAUGAGAACAUUCAAAAUUUUCAGGUAAAGUUACCAUGGUUUAACACCAAAUUCUCGUAACUAGUUUACAAGGAAAUGUGUGUUAGGUAGUGUGGAGAAUUAUCAAUUAGAUCUUGGGAUUUAAGGCGUUAAUGGUUUUAGAAUUCGUUGUGAGUUGUUUGUCGUAGUACUCAUGGAAUACGCUUAACUCGAACAGUUUUACAGCCAAAAUUUCACUUAUACUUUCGUAGAACGAACUAUUGAGACGUACGUUAAAUUUCUUUUUCAGGCUCACUGCUUUACUGGAACCAAGGAAGAAGCAUCUGAUUAUCUGGACCAGGGAUUAUAUAUCGGUAUCACGGGUUGGUACGUUUUCCCGGCAGAAUUGUCGGUAACAUUUAAAAUUUAAUUAAUUUUAAGAGUUAGAUUUACGUUUGGGUGAUUAUUUCUUAAGCCUUUGUCUUUAAAUCAUCACCAGGGUGUGAGAUCCAAUACCCUAUAUUUCUCAGCACGAGCGAAGAUGACCUAAUUUUUUGUCUUGAAAUCACUAUUUUCUUUUUCUUUCUGUAGCUCGUUAAAGACAGACGAAAAUAUCGAAGUCAUGAAGUCAAUUCCUUCAGAAAGAUUACUUCUUGAAACAGGUUAGAACAAGAUUUACUGAUCAAUGUCAGGAUCCGAGCAACUACGCACCUACCCCUCCCCUAAACAAUCAACAGUCAACUGAUAACAAGUUAGGACUAAUGUUGGGUUGGGGAGGGGAAGGUGCGUAGUUGCUCAGAUACUGACAUUGAUCCCAAUUUUAAAACAAAUGCCUCAGUAGAGGUGUCCUUCCAAGGGAGAUUACAGAUACAAAUGGUAAUAGGGCACUUCUUACGAUUCGGUCCCAAGGCCCUUUAAACGAAGGAGUCCCAUGAGAAGAGGUAUUUUGUCAGAAACGGUUAAUUUCCUUCCGUGAAUGCGUUCCAUAAUUGAACGUAAAUAACACUUCCCUCUUAUACACUGUUUAGAUGCGCCUUGGUGUGAUAUCCGUCCCACACAUGCUGGCUUUAAACACGUUAAAACAAAGUUUGAGAGCAGGAAAAAGGAGAAAUGGCAGGCAGGACAGUGCGUGAAAGGACGUAAUGAGCCCGCGAACAUUGUGUGAGUAUCCCAUCAGACACCUUAAGCCAACAACACAGAUACAACACAGGAGCAUGCGCAAGUGAAUCAAAAGAGCCGACCGCUAAUUUCCCGCGCAAAACUUUCACAGGAAACUCGGAAAAAAUGUCACGUGAAAUAUGCCAAAAGAUUGAAACGUAACAAUCUGGAAAAGGAAAUCGAGGUAGGGCAAAGAAAAACUCGAGGCUAUUCAAACACAACGCUUAUUUAAACAUGGGCAUCCUGCUAAUUUGACAUUUCGUUUUGAGCUUUAUCAAAAACUUCUACGAAAUUUUCCCAUUUGCCUCUACAAUCAAGAAGCGUUCUUUUCCCAAAUUUUCUUUCAUUUUGAUUUAAAAUGUCGUCGUUGUGUUCUUGCUUUAUCGAAGGCCGAUGCUGUUUUCUCCUUGUCUCUGUUUUUUUUAGACAAGUGUUAGAGGUUGUGGCGGGAAGCCGAGGUGAAGAUGUUCAGUCACUCGCUGAAACUGUCUACGAGAAUACAAUGAAUUUGUUUUUUAGAUAG